CAUAAAUUGUAACUAAUAAUUCAUUUAUAUUUGAACGUACUUGACUAUAUGUACUUCAUUACAAUUAGAUAUAUGAGGUCAUAAUAGAAUAAUUAACAAGAAAAGAAGAAUAAUUGAGGUGUUGAUUUGAUUUGUUGUUUUCUAUAAAGACUAACUAAACAUGCACGUUAUCAUUUGUUGAGAAUCCAUAGAAUACAUUACACGUAUAAUUUAAAAUAAAACGAAGUACUUUUACACAAUAUUGGUAAAGUUAUUGUUUAAAAUGCGUGCUGUUCUUAAAACAAUAAAAGUGUUCCUUGUUUUCGUGAAACUAUUGCUAGGGAUAGUAAUAUUUGUACUUUUCUCUGGUGGAUUGGUUGUCCCGGUGUAUUAUUUAUAUUUAAGAAGGAAAUUCAGAACUGAUAAAUUGAAAAAUCUCUCUAGCAAAUUAAAGGUGGGGAUAUUUCAUCCCUACUGUAAUGCUGGAGGCGGCGGGGAAAAGGUUUUGUGGGUAGCAGUACAAUCUCUUCAAAAAAAGUAUCCCAAGGCUGAAUUUUUCAUAUAUUCUGGAGAUAUAGAGGUGACUCCCAUAGAAAUCUUAAACAAAGUUAAAAAUAGAUUAAAUGUCAGUCUAGAAAAGGACGUGAAGUUUAUUUAUUUGCACAGAAGAAAAUGGGUUGAAGCAAAUAUGUAUCCAUAUUUUACUCUGUUAGGACAAGCUUUAGGUUCUAUAUAUUUAGGAUUUGAAGCAUUGAACCAACUAAAUCCAGAUAUAUUUAUUGAAACUACUGGAUUCACUUUUAUUAUACCAAUUUUUAAAUAUAUUGGUGGUUGUAAGACAGGUUGCUACAUUCAUUAUCCAAUAAUUACUGCAGAUAUGUUGAAAAGAGUUUCCAGUAGGCAAGCUAUGUAUAAUAAUAGAGGUAUAAUAGCGAGGAGUCCAAUACUUACUAUGGCAAAAUUAAUAUAUUACCACAUAUUUGCAUGGGCGUACUCUAUGGCAGGCCAGAGCUCCGAUAUCAAUAUUGUCAAUUCAACAUUUACUAUGGAACAUUUGAACACCUUAUGGAAUAGACCUAUACAUCUUGUUUAUCCGCCAUGUGAAACUGAUCACUUGAAGAACAUUCCAAAAGAUUCAGUAAGGCCUAAAAAUAUAAGAAUAAUGUCCUUAGCCCAAUUUAGACCAGAAAAAGACCACCCGUUACAAUUACAAGCUUUGUAUGAAUUAAGAGAAAUAGUUCCUGAAGAAGUAUUUAGUAGCAUAACUCUAGUCUUAUGCGGCAGUUGUAGGAAUGCUGAAGAUAGUCGGAGAGUUAAAGAUUUAAAAGAUUUCAGCAAACACUUGAGUUUAGAAAACAAUGUGGAAUUUAAAGUGAAUGUUUCUUAUGGAGAAUUAUUGGAAGAGUUUAGAAAUUCAUGGAUAGGAAUCCAUACAAUGUUGGAUGAACAUUUUGGCAUAAGUGUAGUUGAACAGAUGGCGGCAGGACUUGUAAUGGUAGCACAUAGAUCUGGUGGACCCUUGUUGGAUAUUAUAGAAACAUCAGAAGGAUCCAGAUUAGGGUUUUUGGCUCAAACACCAGAUGAAUUUGCGCAUAUUAUUAAAUUUAUUCUACAAUUAGAUGAUUCUGAAAUUAGUGAAAUUAGGGAAAAAGCUAGAGCUUCAACCGAUCGUUUUAGUAUUCAGAAAUUUAAUGAAGAAUUUCUUAGGGCAAUUGAGCCACUUUUUAAAUAAUAAUCUUGUACUUAAAACUUUCAAUCAUUAUAGACAUUCAAUCAAACCUUAACAUUUUUUUUAUAAAAAAUUUACAGUAUCUUGAAUGAAGGAAAUGGUAGUUUGAUAUGAGGACUUGAUAUCUUGAAGAGUAUUUGAUUUUAGUAUUAUAUUUUAUUUUGUGAGUGGGUACCGUUUAUAUGUCUUGAGGUUGACUGAAUGAGCUAGAUAAGAGUGACCAAUAGUAAUUUCAUCCAAGUUGUAUGUUGUAAGUGAGUUGUAUGAGUCGAAGAAGUUGUUUUCCAUUUCAAGAAGUUUGAAUUGUAAAGAGGUAAGGAGGGCAGGCCAUAUAUUAUGGUUGCUUACUUCGUAUGUGUUGCCUUUUCAUUGCCAGAUAUUUAGUUGUGGCUAGGAAACCAGAAGACAUUACAUUACCAUUAUUUUCUUUCUUUUAUUUGUAGUUUUUAGGGAAAAAUAGAUUAGAUAGUUACGCAUUUUUAUCGUAUUCGUACGUCACAAUCGUUGUGUGUGAAAUAAGUGUAAGAAGUGAAUCAUGAGUAAAAAUGCAAAUAAAAUUUUGAAACUUUAUUUUUUUGGCCAGCUUAUAAAUAGGUUAAUAUCAACAAAAUACUUUAUCAAAAUAAAAAACAAACAAUAAUAUCACCUUUGCAUAAAAAAAGUACCAACUCAACACUCAACGAAAAGUAUAUAAAUCAGUUGUUCUACAGUCUACAUACUAGGUACCCAAUCAUUAUAAUUACCUAAUUAUAAAAUAACCUUUCUGGCUUUCUGAGUGACAAAUUUAUCAAUAAUUUUCGUAAAAUCUAAUUUUUCACAGAUUUCGGAUUCAAUAGAGAUGAUGGCCAAAUCUGAAAGCCUUUUUACCUCAAUUGGCUGUUUCUUACCUGGAAAAAUAUCUUUGAAUGAAGUUAUUUCAUUAAACAGAUGUAUACCACUAUAUAAUUCACGAUACUUCCUUCCUCCUGUACAUGUAACUUAAUAUCUAAGUUCAUGCAGGCUUUCAUGAGAUCAUCACUAGAAAUGUUGUGAAACUCAUACAGAAAGCAGAAUAUUGAAAAGCACUCAGAUAAUAAUGUAAAUUUUUCAUUUACUGAAGAGAUCGCGUGUUCAAGAAUUGCAAAAUAGAAAGAAGCCUUGAAUUGCUGGAAGGGAUUCAAAAGGGGUUCAUCACUGCCCUCGUAAUCAAAUAAACGGACUUUUUCCUGAGCCUCCAAUUUGGAAAUUCCGGAUCAAUACCUAAAUAUCUAGCAAGUUUUGUGGGUGAUUCGACUAAUAUUUUAAAUUAUCGUCUGAUCUUUGUGAAACAAAAUAUUUUUUUAAAUUAUCUAAGGCUUCAAUGCAUUCCGCGGUGUUUAAUUUAGGAUUUUGAAGCAUUUUACUCAGAACAUUAAUUCUUGCUAAUAAAUCAUACUUAUAAAUAUAAAUACCUUUUCAAUGCUCCCGCUUGUUUUGAGAUUUCUUCUAUUCUUUUUUCUAUAGAAGGCACCUGACUCUUUUUUAGUCUUUCUGUUUUUGGACGAAGACGACAUCUAAAGGUAAAAGGUAAGAAGAACGAUAAGUAUAUCAUGGCUUACAGAUGCAUAUAAAAUGUAUAGAAACUCAUCAGAAAUUUUGAAAUUCAUCGAAAUGACCUCCAAAAAGUACCUACCAUUGUUAAUACUUUUUUUAUUUAAAGUGUAAGAAUAUGGGUUAUUCAUACGAAACCCCCAUUCCUGUUGAAAAAGAUAGAGCAAAUUAUUUAAAAUAAAUAAUGAUACUUAACGCUCUUUCAAAAUCUGGGUAAAAAUUAAAAUUUUCAUAAACUCCACCGGUUGCUCACCUAUAAUUAUGUAUGAAAAUUAUAUUUUGUGCUAACGAAUUUUGAAAGAAUGGAAAAUAAAUUUUGAAUUUUAAAACAUUCUGUACAUAUUUUCAAAACGAAUCAUCGCGACAAAAUUAGCUUAAAAAUAUGCCCACUUUUUUAUCUAAUUAGAAAACACCCUGUACAACAUUUCAUUUGUUCAUAAAUCUAGUUAAGAGCUUUGGUACUUACCACAGUUCUGAUUUAAACGAUACUCAAUAGCAACACCUUGUCAUUUACCAAUAUUAACUUCACUUGCUUGCACUUGAUUGUGUUUAUGACCAGUCUUAUUGUAUGUUGAUUAAAACUUUGUGGAAACAAUCUAUUUCUUAUCUAUAAAGAAAACCGCUAAAAUAAAGUUUCUUCUAUUCUUUUGACCCUUGACCUGCGAGCCGCGGGCCGACUGUGAUGUAUAUAGUCAAAAAAUUCAAAGAAGGCCGCAGCGGCAAAACCUUUGAAAAAAAGCCGCCCGAGUUACAUGGAGAAAAUUCUAGAAGGAC